AUGGGCGCCGUGGCCAAGUACGUCAUGGCUCUGCACACGCUGUGGGACGCAGACAACAUGGACGUGACGGCCAACCACAACGCCCAGGGGCUCGCCGACCUCUUUGACGCGUGGGACCGCUUCUCCGCGCCGAUUUUUUUUCGCCGACGUCUGCGCUUCAUCCAAAUCGUCAUGAGCAAGAGCCACCGAAGCGGCGGCAACGAGAUCGCAUCGAGCCGGUGGCGCGAGCGCAACGCCGACCAUUGGCAGGACCUUCGUAGCAUGCGCUCUGGCAAACUUUUGACGGUCGGCGAAUGCGCUGGGCCUCACGAUGUCGACGACCGCUGCGUUUGCUACGCUACGCCCCUCUCGUUCACCUUUGACCGCAAGCGUCUCCAAGCUCUGCGACCCACCAUUACGGCGGGGCAGUGGCGCAUGGCCAUUGGCGGGUACUCGCACUCGAGGAACGACGCGCGCAGCAUUGACCCAAACGCGCACCUCCCCAAAGCCGCGCUGGCCAAGGACAAGAAGAAACGCGCGGCCAAGGCAUCCAUCGACCCGCACAAGCGCCCGUGCACCAACAUGAAGCCCGAAACACCUCAAGACAUGCGCAAGACCAACAAGGGCAAGAGCAAGAAAAAGCUGCAAAGGCAAAGACCACAAAGUCACCCGCCAAGCGGUCGCAUCCAGACUUCGACGCGCCCGAGCCCGAGCCCAAGAAGAAGACACACCUCGCCCCACAUGUCCACCAACACGAAUGACGUCAACCCCUUUACGCGCGACGAUGCUGCCGCCCUACUCUUUGACGAACUCUCUUCGUGA